UCCAGUGCCAGUUCAACAUGGAUCUGCUUAGUGUUCUGAAGUGUCGUUUGGAGAUCGUAGACGAUUCGGUAUCCUCCAAAGAUUUGGUGGAUCGAAUCGUAGCGCGGGGACCACGGGAGGAACCACUGCAUUUAGUUGAGCUGGACACGGUCGUAAAGCGGCACUACGACUGGCUGCGGCAUCUACCGAGGGUACACCCAUUCUAUGCCAUCAAAAGUAACGACGACGAAACGAUUGUGGACACUUUACUUCUAUUGGGAUGUGGUUUUGAUUGUGCAUCGAAAGCCGAGUGUAAUCGAAUUCUGGAGCUCGGAGUGAACCGCGAACGAAUAAUAUUUGCUCAACCAUCAAAAACCAUCGAAUCGUUGCUGUAUGCCAAGGAAAAAGGACUGCGAACCGUGUUCGACAGUGACUAUGAACUUCGGAAUAUCCAUCAAUACUAUCCGGAUGCCGAGGUUUUGAUUCGUUAUCGUUUCGAUUCAAAACAGUCAAUCGUUAACCUCGGGGUAAAGUUUGGAUGCGAUCCAGACAAAGAAGCUAGCGAACUUUUAGUUCUAGCUAAAAAACUCGGAAUAAAUGUGGUCGGUUGGGCUUUUAAUACUGGGGCGGGUUGUUCGGAUCCGGAAAUUUUCUACGAUGCCAUCAAAAUGGGUCGAAGCAUCACGGAUUACGCGACAUCACUGGGAUUUUCAUUCAAAUAUUUGGAUAUAGGAGGAGGAUUUCACGGAAAUAAAGAUGUCAAUAUCCAGUUUUAUGCAGUGCAUAUCAACAGAGCGUUGGAUGAGUUCUUUCCGGAAGAUCAAAGAUGGACAAUCAUUUCCGAACCGGGUCGCUACUAUUCCUCUGCACCGGUAACAUCAGUGAUACCAGUACAUGGAAAACGAGUUUUUCGUAGUGCCGAGAAUCUCAAUCAAAUCGAGAAAGUGUUUUACUACUUCAACGAUGGAAUUUAUGGAACGUUCUACAGUGCCAAGUAUCGGAAUAUUCCGGUUGAGCCAAUAAUUUGGAAAAAACGUAGUGAAUGUGGACCUGUGCUUAGAACUUUCUUUUUCGGACCCACUUGUGACGGAAAUGAUGUGUUUGCAUCGAACAUUCCUUUGCCGGAGCUGAACUUAUCGGAUUAUGUUGUGUUUGAAAAUCAAGGAGCAUACACGAGGGUUCACGCAUGUAGAUUCAAUGGUUUCUGUUUUCCAAAACCAGUCGUCUUCAUUAGCAAGAGUGGCUGGAAACUUCUAGAAGCAGUUACUUCGGUAGCCAAUCCGAAUCCGUUGGUGUUGGAAUCAAAGCACUUGCAAAGAAACAGUAAACUAGAAAAAUUAGAGUUUGAAACACGAUCAUAAAAUGAACAAAUAAAUAUUGAAUAUGAUGGAUUUAUGGAUAUAUCCUUUAUGUGAGUAGUGAAAACAACAGAUUCAAUAUAAUUCAUAAAAUUUAGAAACAUAUCUUAAAGCUUCAUCUAUUCAGAAAUAUCCUAAUCCUCAAAUUUUCCCAUACCCGAUUGGAUAUGCGAAGCAAAACACGGAAAUAGCUCUUCUUACAUCAAUCCAAUUC